CACAACAAUGUAAACAAAUAGGUCUCGUGCAAUACUUUGGGGCUCACUAGCUUAUAUUAUUAAGUUAAAGAGGAGCUAACCGCAAGAUACCCCGCAAUACAAACACAAUGUGGCAGACGCUGCUCGGCCUCAGUUGUCUAUAAAGCAAGCGGACGGGCGAGCAGCAAAGUAAAACAAUAAUAGCUAUAACGAAAGCAACGUAAUAAGAACAUUAAUAUCAACAAUGAAGCAAGUUAAUUUCAUUAAGUAUACAUAUGUAAAUGUUUAACGGAUCCGAACGCCAACGAGCCAUCGAGCAGCAGUGAUGAGUUACCAACGUUUAAAUGAGCCCAACACAAGCAGUAGAAACAACACGAGCAAUAAUAAUAAACCAAGCAACAAAAACAACAACAACAAUCAAAACAACACCUGAGUUCGUAAGACAACCACAUCAACAGCAAAAUCAGAAACAAUAACAACAACAACAAAGACAACCCACAACGACGUGAGCCGGUGAGAACGUGAACCCACCACACCGCGCACAGUCCCAAUUCCAAAAAAGAAAAAAGAAGUAAGCAAGCCCAAACAAAUAAAGAAAGCAAGUGAAAAUUUGGGACAACAUUUGCAAGUCGUUGGCCAACAAAACCUACAGCAACAACAACAGCAAUCAGUAGAACAAAAAUAACACAAAUAAACAGAACAAAACUCCUCCGCCUUAUCCAUGAAACCUCAGCCAUAAACAGCCGCCAACAAAUACCUCAAAAAUGGAUAUUUUUAUCAAUUUCAUAAAGAAUCCACAAACAAUACUGUCUGCAUACAUUGAUCUGGACUACUCGCUAUGGCUAUAUCGUUUUCUAACGCCGCUGAUGGUAACAUUCCUACUGCCGCUCGUCUUCGUGGCGCUUAUCUACAUAUCAUUUUUGGUGCUGUUCAUCUAUAAGCUGCACAGGCAAGUCAUAAUGCGAUCUGUGCAAACGGAUCGAAAUUUUUGGCGCGUCGGUCGGAAAAUCGUGGCCGCCAUCUGGGACGCGCAUGCCCGGAUCUAUCAUGGCUAUGAGGUGAUCGGGCUGGACAAUGUGCCGCGGGAGGGCCCAGCACUGAUCAUCUACUAUCAUGGGGCGAUACCCAUCGAUAUGUACUAUCUGAAUUCCCGGAUGCUGCUGCAGCGCGAGCGACUGAUUUAUACGGUCGGCGAUCGGUUUCUGUUCAAGAUACCCGGCUGGGGCACCAUUUCGGAGGCAUUCCAGAUCAGUCCGGGCACGGUGCAGUCCUGCGUCAGCAUACUGCGUGACGGCAAUCUGCUGGCCAUAUCGCCCGGCGGCGUCUAUGAGGCACAGUUCGGGGAUCACUACUACGAGCUGCUGUGGCGCAAUCGGCUCGGCUUCGCCAAGGUGGCCCAGGAGGCCAAGGUGCCGGUGAUACCCUGCUUUACGCAAAACUUGCGCGAGGGCUUCCGACAGCUGGGCAUCUUCCGGACGUUCUUCAUGCGGCUGUACAAUAAGGUGCGCAUACCGGUCUAUCCCAUCUACGGUGGAUUUCCCGUCAAGUUUCGCACAUACCUGGGCAAGCCCAUCGAGUACGACGAGAACCUAACGCCGCAGGAGCUGCAGAUAAAGGUGGCCACGGCCAUUGAGGAUCUAAUCAAUGAGCAUCAACGUCUGCCUGGCAGCAUACUGUGGGCUCUACUCGACCGACUGCCGGCCUUCAAGCGUUAUCAAAAGAGUUCCGCCUGUGCGACCAGUACACACAAGUCCGACUAGGCCCAGCAUGCAUUGGCAUCUAUGCGCCGCCAUAAGACUUUGUUCCAUGUACUUCAUUAUGAAAUGUAUUUAACUAACGUAUACUUCCGUUUAGUUGUUACGACAAUUUGUAUGUAAUAUGCUUCAUCAGCAGCGGCAACAAUUCGCCUUGUAUAGAUCGUAACAUCUUAUGCUACAUAGAAUAUAGAUAUAUAUAUAUAUAUA